AUGCAUGGGCAAUUUCCACCAGGCAUCUUUAAGCUACCAAAUUUGCGAGUUCUUGACGUGAAGUACAACCAAGAUCUCACCGGUUCUUGGCCUGACUUCCAAUAUUUGAGUAGUCGUCUGGAGGAAAUUGACCUUGGAAGCACCGGUUUCACUGGUGAGCUACCCAUUUCUAUGGGAAACUUCGGCUCCCUGAUUGCUUUGAGUAUUUGGGGUUGCAACUUCUCAGGAUCCAUUCCUUCUUCAAUCGGUAACCUCACAAAUCUCAUUUACCUUGAGCUUUCAAUUAACACUUUGGUGGGAAACAUCCCAUCUUCAAUUGGAAAUCUUAUCCAGCUUGCUUUUCUAGGCCUCUAUGACAAUCAAUUAUCUGGUCCAAUCUCUUUUGGGCUUACAAACCUGACACAGCUGGUUGUCUUUGACUUGGGCGGCAAUCAUUUAACUGGUCCAAUUCCUUUUGGGCUUAUGAACCUCACAAAAUUAAAUGUCUUGUGUCUUUGGAAGAACAAGUUUGAAGGUCAGUUUCCAAUCUCCAUUUUUAAACAAACUAAUCUUUAUCUUCUUGAUAUUUCUGCUAAUUACCUUAGUGGAACUUUGUUUAUUUGCAACAUGACUUCUCUUCAUAUCCUUUAUGUGUCUGACAACUACUUUAGUGGUUCACUUCUUCCAUGCUUGCACAAUAUUUUGGAAUUGAGGAUGAUUAGUUUGAGAGGAAACAAAUUCCAAGGAUUAUUACCAAGAUCAUUGUCCAAUUCCACCAUGUUAGAGGCCAUUGAUGUUAGUAAUAAUCAAUUCAAUGACACUUUUCCCUCUUGGUUAGGAAAUCUUCCAAACUUAAAGCUUCUCCUCUUGCGGUCCAACAAAUUCUAUGGGCAAAUAUUAGAAAGUCUUGAAACCAAUUAUCAGUUCCCCAACUUGCGAAUCAUUGAUCUUUCUUACAAUAGUUUUAUCGGAAGGUUGCCAUUAAAGUCCUUUAGAAAUUGGAACACCUUGAAAUUGGACAAUGAAUCCCACUUGAGUUAUAUUCAGGCAGAAAUAUCUUCUAGUGCUGGAACAUACCAUAUGUAUUACGAGUAUGAUUAUACAAUGCAACUAAGAAACAAAGGUUUGGAUAUAGCAUACGACAAGGUCCAAGAAUUCUUUAGAGCAAUUGAUAUGUCAAGUAAUAGGUUUGUCGGAGAGAUUCCAAGUUACAUUGGAGAUUUGAAAAGGCUUCGUAUGCUAAAUCUUUCCAACAACAUUCUCACCGGACACAUUCCACCAUCUAUAGGAAAUCUUACCAUGCUAGAAUCAUUGGACCUUUCUCAAAAUAGGCUCUCAGGGGAGAUUCCAUCACAACUAACACAGCUUACUUUUCUCGAAUGGUUCAAUGUUUCUCAUAACCAACUCGCUGGAUCUAUACCACAUGGGAAACAAUUUGAUACAUUUGAAAACAAAUCAUUUAUGGGGAAUUUAGGCUUGUGUGGUAAUCCAUUAUCAAAGAAAUGUUGGGUUUCUGAUUCUUCGGUACCUUUACCUUCAACUUCUAAACAAAUUCAAGACUCUGCUGUGUCUCCCUUUGAAUUUGGUUGGAAAAUAGUUUUGGUUGGGUAUGGAUUUGGGCUAAUCUUCGGAGUGAUAAUUGGCAACAUUGUGGCUACAAAAAAACUUGAUUGGUUGAUGAAGACCUUUGGAAUAUGGCAACGGACACAAAGAAACGUGGAGCAUCUUUUUGCUUAA